UACACGAAAUCCACAAGUUCUCGUCCCCUGAUACACCGCCCAUGCCUGCAUCAUAGUGUCUGUGCUCUUGACUCGCUGAAGGGUGGAGUUUGUACCACCGCCUCUAAAGAACGGGACUAGGGAGGGAGUUGAAAAAUCACUCUCUAACAUUUACCAGCAUUUAGAACACCAUUUCUGCUGGGGGAAAGGGAUUUAAUUUCGAUAUUUCACCUUUGAAAGUGGGAAAUCUUCGCAGGAAGAGGAACUAAGAGCCGGGCAAAGAACCCUACAGCGCCAUAACCGACUGGGAGGACAUCUCCCAUUAAAGACCAGUUUCUAUCAGGUGUAACGGCGGUGGAAACGGAGAGCGGCAGUCAUGGUGGCCCUGUCACUGAAGAUUGGCGUGGGGAACGUGGUGAAGACGAUGCAGUUUGAGCCCUCCACCAUGGUGUACGACGCCUGUCGAAUGAUCAGGGAAAGAGUCCCUGAGGCACAGCUGGGCCAGCCCAAUGACUAUGGUCUGUUCCUUUCCGAUGAGGACCCCAAGAAAGGCAUCUGGCUGGAGGCAGGCAAGGCCCUGGACUACUACAUGCUGAGGAAUGGGGACACUCUGGAGUACAAGAAGAAGCAGAGGCCCUUGAAGAUCCGCAUGCUGGACGGGACGGUGAAAACCGUCAUGGUGGACGACUCCAAGAUCGUCAGCGACAUGCUUAUGACCAUCUGUGCCAGGAUAGGUAUCACAAACUAUGACGAGUACUCGUUGGUGCACGACGUGGUUGAGGAGAAGAAGGAGGAGAUGACAGGGACUCUGACAAGACGGGACAAGACUCUGAUGAGAGACGACAAGAAGAUGGAGAAACUAAAGCAGAAACUCCACACAGACGACGAGUUGAACUGGCUGGACCAUGGGCGGACGCUGAGGGAGCAGGGUGUAGAGGAGACCGAGAUGCUGCUCCUCAGGAGGAAGUUCUUCUACUCAGACCAGAACGUGGACUCACGAGACCCGGUCCAGCUCAACCUGCUCUACGUCCAGGCCCGUGAUGACAUUUUGAACGGCUCCCAUCCCGUCUCCUUCGAGAAGGCCUGCGACUUCGCCGGAUACCAGUGUCAGAUCCAGUUUGGUGACCACAAUGAGACCAAGCACAAACCAGGCUUCCUAGAUUUGAAAGAGUUCCUCCCUAAAGAGUACAUCAAGAACAAAGGGGAGAAAAGAAUCUUCCAGGCACACAAAAACUACCAAAACAUGACUGAAAUCGAGGCCAAAGUCAGCUACGUCAAACUGGCUAGGUCUCUGAAAACCUAUGGAGUGUCAUUCUUCCUAGUAAAGGAGAAAAUGAAGGGUAAGAACAAGCUGGUCCCUCGUCUGCUGGGAAUCACCAAGGAGUGUGUCAUGCGGGUAGACGAGAAGACCAAGGAGGUGAUCCAGGAGUGGAACCUCACCAACAUCAAACGCUGGGCUGCCUCGCCCAAGAGCUUCACCCUGGACUUUGGCGAUUACCAAGACGGUUACUACUCUGUCCAGACGACUGAGGGAGAGCAGAUUGCCCAACUGAUCGCUGGUUACAUUGACAUCAUUCUGAAAAAGAAAAAGAGCAAAGACCACUUUGGCUUAGAGGGAGAUGAGGAGUCCACCAUGUUGGAGGAUUCUGUGUCACCCAAAAAGUCUACGGUGCUGCAGCAGCAGUUCAACAAGGUGGGGAAGGUGGAGACUGGCUCUGUGGCCCUGCCGGCCAUCAUGCGUUCAGGGGCCGGGGGCCCCGAGAGCUUCCAGAUGGGCUCCAUGCCCCAGGCCAAGCAGCACAUCACCAGCGGACAGAUGCACAGGGGCCACAUGCCCCCGCUGACAUCCGCCCAGCAGGCCCUGACUGGCACCAUCAACUCCAGCAUGCAGGCGUUGCAGGCUGCCCAGGCCUCGCUGGAGGAGUUUGACACCCUGCCUCCCCUUGGGACAGACGCGGCCUCCCAAGCCUGGCGUAAGAACAAGAUGGACGAGUCCAAACAUGAGAUCCACUCCCAGGUUGACGCCAUCACAGCCGGGACGGCCUCUAUGGUCAAUCUCACCGCAGGCGACCCAGCAGAGACAGACUACACGGCGGUGGGCUGUGCCGUGACCACCAUCUCCUCCAACCUAACGGAGAUGUCCAAGGGGGUCAAGCUGCUCGCCGCCCUCAUGGAGGAUGAGGGAGGCAACGGAAACCAGCUGUUGGGGGCUGCCAAGAACCUGGCGUGUGCCGUGUCCGACAUGCUAAAGACCGCCCAGCCAGCCAACACUGAGCCCCGUCAGAACCUUCUGCAGGCUGCAGGCAACGUGGGCCAGGCCAGUGGCGAGCUGCUGUCUCACAUCGGAGAGACGGACGCCGACCCCCGCUUUCAGUUUCUAGGUAAAGGAUCUUUCAGGGGUGCAAGGCGGAGCGUCUCCACUUAUAGUCACAUGCUGGACAUGCUUAUGCAGCUGGCUAAAGCCGUGGCUAACGCCGCCGCCGCGCUGGUGCUCAAAGCAAAGAACGUGGCCCAGAAGACAGAGGACUCUGCACUCCAGAACCGCGUCAUCGCCGCAGCGACCCAAUGUGCCCUGUCCACCUCCCAACUGGUGGCCUGCACCCGGGUGGUCGCUCCCACCAUCAGCUCCCCGGUGUGCCAGGAGCAGCUGAUUGAGGCAGGCAAGCUGGUUGCCAAGUCAGUGGACGGCUGCGUGGAUGCGUCGCAGGGAGCCACCAGCGACGAGGGGCUCCUCAAGCAGGUGGGCGCCGCUGCCACAGGCGUCACCCAUGCCCUCAACGAGCUCCUGCAGCACAUCAAGCAGUACGCCCACGGAGGCCAGCCCAUAGGGCGCCACGGAGAGGCCACCGACCGCAUCCUGGACGUCACCGAGAACAUCUUCAGCUCCAUGGGAGACGCCGGUGAGAUGGUGCGUCAGGCCCGCAUCCUUGCCCAGGCCACCUCGGACCUGGUCAACGCCAUCAAGAUGGAUGCAGAGGGCGAGUCGGACCUGGAGAAUUCCCGCAAGCUGCUGUCAGCCGCCAAGCUCCUGGCAGACGCCACGGCCAAAAUGGUGGAGGCUGCCAAGGGCGCAGCCGCCAACCCGGACAGUGAGGAGCAGCAGCAGAGACUGAGGGAGGCAGCAGAGGGUCUACGCAUGGCCACCAACGCUGCUGCCCAGAACGCCAUCAAGAAGAGGCUGGUCAACAAGCUGGAGAACGCAGCCAAGCAGGCCGCCGCGGCCGCCACUCAGACUAUAGCCGCCGCCCAGCACGCCGCCUCGUCCAAUAAGAACCCAGCAGCCCAGCAGCAGCUCGUCCAGAGCUGCAAGGUGGUGGCAGACCAGAUCCCUCAGCUGGUCCAGGGGGUGCGUGGCAGCCAGUCCCAGCCCGACAGCCCCAGUGCCCAGCUCACCCUCAUCGGGGCCGGCCAGAACUUCCUCCUGCCUGGUGCCAAGAUGGUGACGGCUGCCAAGGCCACAGUACCUACCAUUGGCGACCAGGCCUCUGCCAUGCAACUCAGCCAGUGUGCCAAGAACCUGGCCACUGCCCUUGCCGAGCUCCGCACGGCCGCACAGAAGGCACAGGAAGCAUGUGGUCCUCUGGAGAUCGACAAUGCUCUGACGGUGGUCCGAGGCCUGGAGAAAGACAUGGUGGAGGCCAAGGCCUCAGCUGGUGAUGGCAAACUCAAACCCCUGCCCGGAGAGACGCUGGAGAAGUGCUCUCAGGACGUGGGCAACAGCACUAAGGCUGUGAGCUCUGCCAUCGCCCAGCUGCUGAGUGAGGCCACCCAGGGCAACGAGAACUACACAGGUAUGGCAGCUAGAGACGUGGCUCAGGCAUUGCGCGCUCUGGCCUCGGCCGCCCGUGGGGUUGCCGCGACAACCGCCGACCCUCAGGCCCGCAACGCCAUGCUGGACUGCGCUGGUGACGUUAUGGACAAGUCGGCCAAUCUGAUCGAAGAGACCAAGAGAGCCAUCGCCAAGCCGGGAGAUCCUGACAGCCAGCAGAGACUGGCACAGGUGGCCAAGGCUGUUUCCCAGGCCCUGAACAGGAGUGUGAACUGCCUGCCUGGACAGAGAGAUGUGGACAACGCUAUAAGAACAGUUGGAGAGGCCAGUAAGAAGCUACUGGCCAAUUCUUUCCCGCCCAGUGGGAAGAGUUUCCAGGAGGCGCAGGUCAACCUGAACCAGGCUGCAGCCGGUCUCAACCAGUCAGCCAAUGAGCUGGUCCAAUCGUCCAGAGGCACCACCCAGGACCUGGCCAAGGCCACUGGCAAGUUCGGCCAUGACUUCGGAGAGUUCCUGGAGGCCGGCGUGGACAUGGCCGGCCAGUCACAGAACAAGGAGAACCAGACGCAGGUGGUGUCCAACCUCAAGACCAUCUCCAUGUCGUCCAGUAAGCUGCUGCUCGCCGCCAAGGUCCUGUCCACUGACCCCAACUCCCCCAACCUCAAGAACCAACUGGCAGCCGCCGCUCGUGCCGUCACUGACAGUAUCAACCAGCUCAUCACCAUGUGUACCCAGCAGGCCCCGGGCCAGAAGGAGUGUGACAAUGCUCUCCGGGAGCUCGAGACUGUUCGGGGAAUGCUUGAGAACCCCACCGAGGCAGUCAGUGAGCUCUCAUACUUUGACUGCAUCGACAGUGUCAUGGAGAACUCCAAGGUCCUGGGGGAAGCCAUGGCUGGAAUCUCCCACAACGCUAAGAACAGCAAUCUGCCUGAGUUUGGGGACUCUGUCAGCUCUGGCUCUAAAGCCCUGUGUGGCCUUACUGAAGCAGCUGCCCAGGGUGCCUACCUGGUUGGAGUGUCAGACCCUAAAAGCCACGCGGGCCAGAAGGGGUUGGUGGACCCUGGCCAGUUUGCCCGUGCCAACCAGUCAAUCCAGAUGGCAUGCCAGAACCUGGUAGACCCGGCCUGCACCCAGUCCCAGGUCCUCUCUGCCGCCACCAUCGUCGCCAAGCACACGUCAGCGCUGUGCAACGCCUGUCGCCUGGCGUCCUCCAAAACAGCCAACCCUGUUGCCAAGCGACAGUUUGUCCAGUCUGCUAAGGAGGUGGCCAACAGCACAGCCAAUCUGGUCAAGUCCAUCAAAGCUCUGGAUGGAGCGUUUAACCAGCAGAACAGAGAGAAGUGUAGGGUCGCCACAGGCCCCCUGAUAGAAGCUGUGGAUAACCUCACCGCCUUCGCCUCCAACCCAGAAUUCGCCAGCGUGCCGGCUCAGAUCAGUGCUGAGGGCCUGGCAGCGAUGGAGCCCAUCGUGGCUGCAGCUAAGACCAUGCUGGAGAGCUCCACAGGUCUGAUCCAGACCGCUCGCUCCCUGGCCGUCAACCCCAAAGACCCCCCCAAGUGGUCAGUGCUGGCCGGACACUCCAGGACCGUUUCCGACUCCAUCAAGAAACUUAUCACCAACAUGAGAGACAAAGCCCCAGGCCAGAGGGAGUGUGACGAGGCCAUCGAGGUGCUGAACAACUGUAUUCGGGAGGUGGACCAGGCCUCCCUGGCAGCCAUCAGCCAGCAGCUCACCCCAAGAGAGGACAUCUCCCAGGAGGCUCUGCAUGAGCAGCUGGCAGCUUCGGUCCAGGAGAUCAGCAAUCUGAUAGAGCCAGUGGCCAUCGCAGCCCGCUCUGAGGCCUCCCAUCUGGGACACAAGGUGUCUCAGAUGGUGAGCUACUUCGAGCCCCUCAUCAUGGCAGCCAUCGGCACAGCCAGUAAGAUUCAGAGCAGCCAACAGCAGAUGGCGGUGUUGGACCAGACCAAGACACUGACAGAGUCAGCCCUGCAGAUGCUCUACACAGCCAAGGAGGCCGGAGGAAACCCCAAGGCGGCCCACACCCAGGAGGCCCUGGAGGAGUCCGUCCAGAUGAUGAAGGAGGCGGUGGACGACCUGGGCGCCACCCUGUCGGAGACGGCCAGCGCUGCGGGUGCCCUGGGCGGCAUGGUGGACUCCAUCACCGCCGCCAUCAACAAGAUGGAGGAGAGCCCUGCCGGCGAGCCCGAUGGCUCCUUUGUGGAUUACCAGACUACCAUGGUGAAGACUGCCAAAGCCAUCGCCGUCACCGUGCAGGAGAUGGUGACUAAGUCCAACACCAACCCAGAUGACUUGGGAGGUCUGGCCAGCGAGCUAACUAAUGAGUUUGGAGAGCUAGCCACCGAGGCCAAAUACGCUGCCAUCACUGCAGAGAACGACGAGAUUGGUUCCCACAUCAAGAAGCAGGUUGGGGAGCUAGGCUUCAACUGUACUGGACUGGUGACUAAAGCCGGCGCUCUGCAGUGUAGUCCCAACGACUCCUUCACCAAGAAGGAGCUGAUCGACAGUGCACGCAAGGUCUCCGAGAAGGUGUCUCAUGUGCUGGCGGCCCUUCAGGCUGGUAACCGUGGCACCCAGGCCUGCAUCACAGCGGCCAGUACCGUGUCGGGCAUCAUCGCCGACCUGGACACCACCAUCAUGUUCGCCACCGCCGGCACGCUCAACCGUGAGAACUCUGAAACCUUCGCCGACCACAGAGAGCACAUCCUAAAGACAGCCAAGGCGCUGGUGGAGGACACCAAGCUGCUGGUCUCUGGUGCCGGGGCCAGCCAGGAGAGACUGGCCCAGGCUGCCCAGUCCUCUGUCAUCACCAUCACCAAACUGGCCGACGUGGUAAAACUGGGCGCCGCCAGCCUAGGCGCCGAGGACCCCGAGACACAGGUGGUCCUGAUCAACGCUGUCAAAGAUGUUGCCAAGGCUCUGAGUGACCUCAUCAGCGCUACCAAGGCCGCUGCAGGCAAGCCUCACGACGACCCUGCCAUGCUGCAGCUGAAGAACUCUGCCAAGGUGAUGGUGACCAACGUGACGUCACUCCUGAAGACAGUGAAGGCAGUGGAGGACGAGGCCACCAAGGGCACACGGGGACUGGAGGCCACCAUUGAGCACAUCAAACAGGAACUGGCUGUGUUCAGCAAUGGUGACCCUCCCCCCAAGACGUCUACUCCAGAGGAUUUCAUCCGCAUGACCAAAGGCAUCACCCAGGCAACAGCCAAAGCAGUGGCUGCUGGGAACUCGUGUCGCCAGGAGGACGUAAUCGCUACGGCCAACCUGAGCAGGAGGGCCAUCGCCGACAUGCUGCACUCGUGCAAGCAAGCCGCCUACCACCCAGAGGUCAGCAAGGAAGUUCAGAGCCGGGCCCUGCGCUAUGGCAACGAGUGUGCCGUGGGCUACCUGGGUCUGCUGGAGCAUGUGCUAGUGCCGAUCAUCCAGAAGCCCAGCCACGAGCUCAAGCAGCAGUUGGCUAACUACUCCAAGCGCGUGGCAGGCUCCGUCACCGAGCUCAUCCAGGCCGCCGAGGCCAUGAAGGGAACGGAAUGGGUGGACCCCGAGGACCCCACGGUCAUCGCUGAGAACGAGCUUCUGGGAGCUGCUGCCGCCAUUGAAGCAGCCGCCAGGAAACUGGAGCUGCUGAGGCCCCGCACCAAACCCAAGGAAGCGGACGAGAGCCUGAACUUCGAGGAGCAGAUCCUGGAGGCGGCCAAAUCGAUCGCAGCCGCCACCAGCGCUCUGGUCAAAGCUGCCUCAGCCGCCCAGAGGGAACUGGUGGCGCAAGGGAAGGUCGGUGCCUGCCCAGCCAAUGCAGUGGAUGAUGGACAGUGGUCUCAAGGUCUCAUUUCAGCCGCCCGAAUGGUUGCUGCAGCGACCAGCAACCUGUGCGAGGCGGCCAACUCGGCAGUGCAGGGCCACGCCAGCGAGGAGAAGCUGGUCAGCUCGGCCAAGCAGGUGUCUGCCUCCACUGCCCAGCUCCUGGUGGCCUGCAAGGUCAAGGCUGACCAGGACUCCCAGACCAUGAAGAGGCUACAGGCUGCCGGAAAUGCUGUUAAGAGGGCCUCCGAUAGCCUGGUGAAGGCGGCACAGAAAGCAGCCUUUGACGCCCAAGACGAGCAGGCCGUGGUUGUUAAGAGCAAGAUGGUGGGCGGCAUUGCUCAGAUCAUUGCUGCCCAGGAGGAGAUGCUGAGGAAGGAGAGGGAGUUGGACGAGGCCAGAAAGAAGCUGGCCACCAUCCGACAGCAACAGUACAAAUUCCUGCCCUCCGAGCUCAGGGAGGACGGGCAGGAGCAGUGAUGAAACGUGUACACACACACACACACACACAUAUAUAAUACACAUAUAGAUACAUACAUACAUAUACAGCGAAGACAAAUCCGAUGUUCAGGGCCUACACGCCCAGGCUAUAUUAGAGAAAAUACAAAAACUAAGAGGUGUUAUGCUUGAAGAGGAGCAAUAUUAGGGUGAGAUAAUUAAAAAGAAAGGAAAGGGGUAAAAAGUGAAAGCUGUAUUAGGAUGUUUAUUUUAAGUGUAUUUUUUUUCUUUGAUUAUUUCUCACGUUUAAGAGCGUUACAGUGCCACUGGUUUUGUUUUUGGAUAAUGCUAAAAAAUAUAUAUAUAUAUGUAUCCAAGUCUUUGAGGUAGUCCUUGAUAGUUUGUGAUUUAAUUGAGCGUUUAGGUCCUAGAUUGCAUGUGUUCACUGCCGCUUCACCGUUUUUAUUAAAUUCACAUCCUCCUGCCAAUAACUGAUAUUUGCCUUUAACGCUAGCAUGCUAUUAUUUUAGUGAGCACAAUUACUAUCUGUUUGGCGGUGUCCGUUUUCAGUUUUUUUGGAUUAGAAAAAUGCAGUCACCAAAAGGUGGGCUUACAGCGGGUAAGUGUUGAGAUCUUACUUGACUGACCAAUGAUUUUAACUGGCCAGGGUGAAUGGUAAGAGACGGUCGGUCACCGUAAAACACAGAGCUCAGCUAGGUGUUUACCAUAAACAACUGUGGCUUUGGCCACAUCCCAAAGAAACAUCGUUUAACAAGAAUGUGUGUUGUCAGGUAGGCUCCUCCUUUUUAUUUGAACCAAUGACAUUUAACUGCAUCUUGUUGCAAUUUGGACCAGAGGUGCAAUGAUUUACUUUGCGAUUAAACAAUUCAUAGAGAGAAAACAUAUCUUUUUUUUUUUUAAGAGAAAUAAUGCUAUGAAAUGUGUUACAAAUGAUAUCUUCUAUUACAUUUAUAUGUUAAUAAAGUAUAUGUGAGUAUUUGUUUGUGUCAUCAUAUGAACUUCUGGACCUGAUAUUAUCUGUGUUUGAAGCUCAUAAAGCCAUACUUUGCUUUCUUCAGGACAUUGUUUUGAAUCAUGAAUGACUGUUCCUUCGGGUGCUAUUGAGUGGUUAAAAUCUUUAUCAGAUGUAGACUAUUAAUAUGCAUCUAAUAGCCAACUGUAAUCAGUAGAUCAUUAGAAACAAAUUUAGAUAUGUAUUUUGGGGUAAUUUCUCUUGUCACAGUACAAUCCUAUGAUGGCCAUUGUAUGCAAAGGAUAAUGUGUCCAAUGUUGUUCUUAUUAACCGUCAUUUACCCUGAAUUGCCAGCCUAUUUCACAUUGUCAGAGGCCUCAUUGUAACCUAACCUCCUUUCUUUCAACAUAUCAAUGAGUCAAAGUGCCUGCUAUAUGUAUUUUACAACUAAUUGUAUUUAACUGUUAACGUUUUCCCAUCAUCAAGUGCACUUAUCCAUUUGUUUAACUUAACAACACAUAUAAAUCCACUCUUUUACAAACAUUGUUUUCUCUUCUCUUAAUCGAAAUAGUUGGAUAGAAAACAACUGUUAAGUUGCCUAUGUGUUGAUCACAAACAUAGGGAAAGCCUAACUUGAGUGUUUUUUUCUUUUCAUUUUCUAAUUGUUUUGUUGACCUUUCUGAUUUUGAUACUAUAUACAUGUAUUAACAGUGCUAUGGGAUCACCAUCUCAAUGGUAUUGUAAAAGAGAUUUAUGGUCAAUAAAGCUGGUUUUCCCUGA